ACCAAAACUGACUCAGAGACAAAGGGGACCUCUUCAUUACCACGCAAAUGGCUUCCAUAAGACCUCUUUAUCCACUUUCUUGUCCGCUCAAACAGCCCACCACCCCCUCUUCAUCUCCAUGGCUUCACCCCAAAUCCUCCCACUUUCCAUCCACACAACUUCACUCCAUACAAUCCCAACGCCCUGUUGCUGUUCCAGUGUCGUUCAACCCGUCGGGGAACUUGGACCUCUCUCUCUACGAUGAAGAUGCACCGGAAGCACCUCCGCCAAUGCCUCCUACGGAAGGCCGCUGUGAAGUGGUUAUCGACAACGAUAUCAUUACUCGCUUGGAUUUGUCCCCGUUUCGUAAUGCGACCGGCAUAACCUCACCUGACUCCGCCAAACCGCAGGAGUUUCUUGACCGUACGAUUGGAUUUACGAUCAACUACACAAGGGAAGACGAGCAUGAUCCACGAGAACUAUCAGAAUUCCCUGAUAUAAGACUGUGGUUUGUUAGACUGGAUGCAGCGUAUCCAUGGCUGCCUGUCCUGUUGGACUGGCGAGCAGGGGAGCUUGCACGUUAUGCAGCGAUGCUGGUACCUCACCAGAUGAGUAUGAGAAUGGGAGUUGUGUUUAACCCGGAAGCGCUGGAGUUGUUCGUGGUACAGAAAGUGUUUGUGGUGUACUCAUGGUUGAAGAAGCAUGACGUUCCAAUGCCCAGAUUGAAGGCUAAAGACAUGGCCAGGAUGCUUGGAUUUGGAAUUGGAGAUGAUCUCUUUGAUUUGGUCGACAAGUAGCCCAUUCCCAAAUAUUAAUGCAAUUCUCUCAUUCUCAUGUAGUAGUCAUUGCAACUCCCGGAUAGUGCUAUAUCUUUUAUUGCACCUCUACAUUGAUGACACGUGGACAAAUAAUGUUGAUGAGGGGAAGAUCCUAUUCUAUUCUAAAUAUUAUAACUUUAAAAA